AUGCAGAUAACAAAUCUUCCCAAACUAUCGGCUGGCUAUAAAGGGCCGAAUUGCAUUCGGAGCUCUGGGAUUUUCGUCUUGCUCUCGCAUUCUGCCAGUCCUGCGAUUUCCCUUUUGAUACCCACUUCCCCCCCUUCGCUCUUGCCACGUCUGUCGGUCUGGCUAUCCAUGUCCUCUCCGGAAGUGGUGGUCACUCUACCGACAGCCGGUAAACUCAGUCGACCGGUCACUGGUACAGCUGGAGACUGGUACCGACCCGACGGUUUGCGGCAGCAGAGUCUGCGAAUAGCGGCAACUUUCCUUUGUAACAUCAGCGCCGGCAAGUCGGCGGCCUCCCGGCUCGGUUCGUCCCCUCUGCAACAGAAGCGCCCUGACAGUCCGUCGGAACACGACGGCGCCAACUCAGAGCUCUCAAGUCGCCCGCCGCCCAGAACACUCUAUUGCCUCUGCGAAUGGCAUAACGACAUUUCAAAUGGCAAUUUGACGAAUGAACCACCAUCAAAAGCCCAUUUCAGGCGGCAAAGCGUUUGCCCAAUUUCGCCCACUCUUAACAUAUCGUUCUACUUUAUACCC